AUGAACGGAAACGGCACCAACAGCCAUACCAAGGGUCAUAAUGGCACAAACGGGGAGGCCAACGGCGCUCACAAGCCCAAAAUUGACCCGAACAUGCCAAUCGCCAUCACUGGUAUCAGCACGAGAUUUCCAGGUGGUGCUGAUACACCUGAAGCUCUUUGGAGAAUGAUCUCCAAGGGCAAAAGUGCCUGGUCAAAGGUGCCCGAGGAUAGAUUCGUUCUGGAUGCCUUUUAUCAUCCUGACCCAGACCGAAAUGGCGCUAUGAAUGUUGUUGGUGGACAUUUCUUGGAUGAAGAUAUUGCGUGCUUUGAUGCGCCCUUCUUUGGCAUCAGCCGCAAUGAAGCCAAGGCUAUGGACCCUCAACAAAGACUGCAGUUAGAGUCAGCCUAUGAGGCUCUCGAGAACGCCGGCAUCUCAAUCGACCAAGCCUCGGGCACAAAAACAUCCGUCCACAUUGGCGUCUUCAGCAAAGACUACGCCGACAUAAUGUGUCGCGACCCCGAGACUGGCCCUCUCUACCAAGCAACCGGCAACGGCCAAUCCAUCCUCUCAAACCGAAUCUCCUACUUCUUCAACCUCAAAGGCCCCAGCGUGACCGUCGACACAGCCUGUUCCUCCUCCCUCGUGGGUCUACACCUCGCUGUCCAAGGCCUACGAAUGGGUGAAGCCGAACAGGCCAUCGUCGGCGGAACAAACCUCAUCUUCAGCCCUGAUAUCAUGGUUGCUAUGAGUUUACUAGGCUUUUUAUCCCCGGAUGGAAGGUCUUAUGCUUUUGAUCAUAGGGCGAAGGGUUAUGCGAGGGGUGAAGGUAUCGCGACGCUCGUUCUCAAACCGUUGGAUAAGGCUGUGAGGGAUGGUGAUCCUAUUCGCGCUGUUAUUCGAGGAACGGGCGUUAAUUCUGAUGGGAGAACGGCGGGCAUUACGCUUCCGAAUGGUGAUGCGCAGGCUGAGCUUAUUCGUGAGGUUUAUUCCAACGCUGGUCUUGAUCCUGCUGAGACGGGAUACUUCGAAGCGCACGGUACAGGCACCCAGGCUGGAGAUCCCAUGGAAGCUGGUGCUAUUCAUCGCGUGUUUACCGCUGAUCGCCAGCGCUCUUCGCCUUUAUAUCUUGGGUCAAUCAAGACGAAUAUUGGGCAUUUGGAGGGUGCGAGUGGACUUGCUGGUGUCGUCAAGGCGGUGCUGUGUCUUGAGAAAGGACAGAUUCCGCCGAAUAUGAACUUUGAGAAGCCGAAUGAACGGCUUGACCUCGAGGCAUGGAACAUAAAGGUUCCCACGGAGCUUACACAAUGGCCCGCGGACGUCCCUCGCCGUGCUUCAGUCAACAGUUUCGGCUAUGGCGGUACGAAUGCCCACGUCGUUCUUGACGGCUACGACGAAACGCAGCACGAGAUGAAGACUAUAGACACAGACAUCGAUCGAAGAGUUUUUGUAGUUUCAGCAGGUCAUCAAGAAGCAGCAUCCUCGCUCUUCGCUCGCAUGGCAUCUUACCUCCGCGACAUCCCAGCCGAGAAACACGCCCGCCUUCUUCAACAACUCGCCUACACUCUUUCCCAGCGUCGCUCUCAAUUGUCCUACCGAAUGGCUAUCUCGGCUAGUUCUGUAGAUGAACUCAUUGACAACUUUGAGAACGGAAAGCUCAGUCUCGUCAAGUCGCAGAGGGUCUCGCGUCUCGGUCUCGUCUUCACGGGUCAAGGUGCACAGACGGCGCAAAUGGGUGUUGGACUCAUGCAUCAGUAUGGCGUUUUCGCCGAUAGUCUGAAUCGCGCUGGAGCUACUCUCAAAAACAUUGGAUGUACUUGGGAUCUUGUUGAAGAACUCUCCAAGGAUGCUGAGACAAGCCUUGUCAAUGAGCCUCUGUACAGCCAACCUCUUUGCACGGCUGUGCAGAUUGCGCUGGUGGACUUGCUUCGCUCGUGGGACGUUCAACCUACUGCUGUUAUGGGACACUCCAGUGGUGAGAUCGCAGCUGCGUAUGCUGCCGGUGCUCUGUCGCAGGAAGCUGCUAUGAUUGCGGCAUACUACCGUGGUGUCGCAUCAUCGAAAUUGGCAGCGGACUCUAGUGUCAAUGGGAGCAUGGCUGCUGCUGGACUAUCGCCCUAUGAAGCUCAAGGAUAUCUUGACAAGUUGACCAGUGGAAAGCUGGUGAUUGCUUGCUACAAUGCGCCUUACAACGUCACCCUCUCUGGAGAUGCUCCCGCUCUCGAUGAGCUUGAGUCUCUACUGCAAGACACAGGCGUCUUCUUCCGCCGUCUCAAGGUUCCUGUCGCGUAUCACUCUCAUCACAUGCAGCAGAUCGCCGACGUUUAUCGCAAGUCCCUCGAAUCUCUUCCCAAGCCUUCAGCGAGUGACUCAGACGUGCAGUUCUACUCUUCCGUUACUGGCACAUUGACGCCCAUAUCUGAACUCAACGCUGAGUACUGGGUCCGAAACAUGACGUCAUCAGUCCAGUUCACGUCUUCUCUGAAGAGCAUGUGUCUCGGCCUCAAGCCAGAUGGGAAGCGUCUUACUCGUGGUAACAAGAUGAACGUGCAGAUGCUGGUUGAAGUUGGUCCUCACUCUACCCUCGCUGGCCCCAUCAAGAGCAUCCUCAAGGAUCCUUCGUUCAGCAGCAAGGCACAGCUCCCCUACACCUCUUGUCUUGUCCGCAAAGAAGAUCCUCUCAGUACUGUUCAGAAAGCUGCGGGUGAAUUGUUUAUGAACGGAUACGCCGUCAAUCUCGCGCGCAUCAACGAGCCAAUUGAUGGUCCUUGUCCUCGCGUCCUCCCCGAUCUUCCGCCAUAUCCUUGGAACCACUCACAGCGAUACUGGCAUGAAUCUCGAAUCAGUAAGAACUAUCGUCUGCGAGACCAGCCUCGCAAGGAUCUCAUCGGCGCACCAGUGUCUGAUUGGAACCCGACUGAACCCCGCUGGCGAGGCUUCAUCCGUCUGUCUGAACUCCCUUGGAUCAAGGAUCACAAGGUGGAGGGAAAGAUUCUCUACCCGGCCGCUGGCAUGAUCACCAUGGCUGUUGAAGCGAUGCGACAAUUGGCUGAUGCUGAUCAAGUCACCGAGUUUGAGCUGCGCGACAUCCAGAUCGGCAAGGCGAUUAUGAUUAGUGAGGAAGACGGAGAUUUGGAGACCAUGUUCACCGCACGACCGUGGGGUACUUCUGCUGUCGAGUCUUCCAAUCAUUGGUGGGAGUUCCGACUCUUCACUGUUAGCGAAAACGAAGGCUGGAGUGAGCACUGCCGUGGUUGUAUCGCUGCUGUGAAGGGCUACUCCUCUGGCGACCUCGGCGGUGCCAAAGAAACGAAGCUCCGCGCUGAGACAUCGCACAAUCUCGUCGCUCAACAUGAAGAAGCUUGCGACGACGCUGUCAAUACUCGUCGUAUGUACGAUGACCUCGCACACGUCGGUCUCUACUACGGUCCUUCAUUCCAGAACAUCUCCAACCUUGGAAGCGCCAAGAAGCAACCUCUCGUGUACGCCAACGUUACAGUCCCCGACACAGCAGAACUCAUGCCUCACAAGUUUGAGUUCCCUCAUCUUCUACACCCUGUCACUCUCGACUCUGUGCUGCAGACAAUCUUCCCCGCUCUGGCAUCUGGCGACAAGGAUUUGUCCAGUCCUCUUGUACCUACGUUCAUCAAGCGAAUGAUGGUUGCCAACAGGCCCUGCAGUUCGCCCGGACAGAUCCUUAAGGUCGCCUCAUCAGCGCUGUGGAAGGGCUUCCGACACGCAGAUGCUGACAUCACUGCGCUGGAUACUAGUCAUGGCCUGGCGAUGAUUGAGAUUCAGGGCUUGCGAUGCUCUUCAAUCGCGCACAUGGUCGCUGCCGACACUAACACCGACAACCGUAAGCUCUGCUUCAAUAUGAUCUGGGAUGACGACCUCAGUCUCUUGGAGGCCAAAAACCUCAACAAGGUCCUUCCAUCAACGGCUGCGACCGACGAGAUCUCAGCUGAGAUUCGCGACAUGGAGACUGCAGCGUUCUUAUACAUGAAGAAAGCUGUUGAGACUCUCAAGCCAGAGGAACGCGCUAACAUGUCUUCGCACCACCGUUUGUUCUACGAUCAAAUGGUCGGGGUCUGUCAGCGUGCUGAGAAGAAGGACUUUGCUCUUCAGUCCUCAUCUUGGGAGUCUCUCUCUGAUGAUGAACGUCAAGACUUGGCGAAGAAGGUUGCUUCAUUCAGCGCUGAGGGUGAAAUGAUCUGUCGCAUGGGCGAGAAUCUCGUUCCAAUUCUUCGCCAAGAAGCCGAUCCUCUCACUCUUAUGCUAGAGAACGAUCUUCUUUACGAUCUCUAUCGUACUGCCCUGGGUACCGACCGCUGCUACGAGCAGAUGUCAAAGGUCAUCCAGAAGCUCUCCCACAAACAACCCGAUCUCAAGAUCCUCGAGAUUGGAGCUGGUACAGGCGGUGCGACGAAGCCUAUCCUCCAGACGCUUGGUGGCCAUGAGCCUGGAUCGUACCCUCGCUUUGCACAGUAUGACUUCACCGAUAUCUCGAGUGGGUUCUUCGAGAAGGCUCAAGAGAACUUCAAAGCCUGGGCUCCAUUCGUAAAUUUCAAACGUCUCGACGUUGAGGGCAACUUGCAAGAUCAGGGCUUUGCAUUUGGGUCUUACGACGUCAUCAUCGCAGCCAACGUUCUUCACGCCACGGGCACAAUGAAGAAGACGAUGCAGAACGUACGCAACCUUCUGAAACCAGGUGGCAAGCUCAUCCUCAUGGAAGUAACGCAUCUUCUUCUUCGUGGUUCUGUCAUCUUUGGCAACCUGCCCGGCUGGUGGCUCGGCGCAGGUGAAGGCCGUACUCAUGGACCUACACUGACUGAAGAGUCGUGGUCUGACCUCUUGCGCGACACUGGAUUCUCAGGACUGGAUAUUUGUCUGAGAGACUUCCCUGACUAUGAGGAGUGUAUGUACAGUGUCAUCGUCACUACUGCUGAACGGGAGGAGAAGAGCACUUACCCGUCUGCUGUCAUUGUGGACUCUUUUGGAUGUAAUGGUGUAGCGACGAAGCAAUUGAUUCAAGGCUUGACGAACCUGACUGGUGCUCAGCCGGAGGUCUGUAGUCUGGAUGACUACGCUUCGACUGAUAUUUCUGACAAGGUCUACGUCUGUCUCGAUGAGAUUGUCCAGCCAAUUGUCCACCAGAUUGACGAAGCCAAGUUUCUCAAGGUCCGCAGCAUUGUUUCAUCCAGCAAAGGUCUUCUUUGGGUUUCGCGCAACGGCGCAACUGGCGAAACUCUCCCUGAAGUCAGUCUUAUGACUGGGCUCGCUCGAUCCAUCCGCUCAGAGGAUCAGACCAAGCGCCUCGUCACCCUCGACCUCGACAACGGUGCCUCUCAAACAGCCUCAGACGCUGCCAGCACCAUCCUUGACGUUUUUCAGGGUCUUUUCCGUCGCGAGGAUGACAUUUCCAAAAAUGACUGGGAGUUUCGCGAGCGCGAUGGUCGGCUUAUGAUUCCCCGAGUUAUUGAGGACGUUUCAGCUAACCAGUACAUCGCGCACGAGACUCAAGAGCCUGUACCUGAACUACAGCCCUUCCAUCAGCCUGGAAGGCCCCUGAAGCUCGAGAUUGGUAUCCCCGGAUUGCUCGAUACGCUCCGCUUCAAGGAUGACCCAACCUUUGAGGCGCCAAUCGGCGAUGAUGAGGUCGACAUUCGCGUCGCUGCAUCUGGUGUCAACUUCCGCGAUAUCAUGGUCGCCAUGGGUCAGCUUGUCGACAACUUCCUCGGCUGUGAAUGCAGUGGUACCAUCACUCAAGUCGGCUCCAACGUCACGCACCUCAAACCGGGCGAUCGCGUCUGUACCUGGACCCUCGGCUGUUACAGCACAUACGUCCGUAACCCCGCCACCCUCGUGCAGAAGAUCCCCGACGAAAUGGCCUUUGAGGUCGCUGCCUCUCUCCCCAUCGUGUACUGCACAGCUUACUUCGCCAUCAUCGACACUGCAAGACUUCAGAAGGGUGAGAGGAUUCUGAUUCACGCUGCGGCAGGUGGUGUAGGCCAGGCUGCUAUCAUGCUGGCCAAGAUGGUCGGCGCAGAGAUUUACGCGACUGUUGGAACAGCUGAUAAGCGGAGGUUCUUGAUCGAGACGUAUGGUAUUCCUGAUGAUCAUAUCUUCUCUAGUCGCGAUAGCUCUUUUGCCGAUGGUAUCCGGCGCAUGACGAAUGGGAAGGGCGUUGAAGUUGUACUUAAUUCGCUGGCGGGUGAGUUACUUCGUGAGACGUGGCAUUGUAUCUCAAUGUUUGGGCGCUUCAUUGAGAUUGGCAAGCGGGAUAUCGAGAUCAACACGAAGCUCGAGAUGACGCCCUUCAUUCGCAACGUCACUUUUGCCUCUGUUGAUCUCACAGUCAUCUUCCGUCAUCGCAAGCCGCUCGGUGCCGCUGCCCUCAACUCAGUGAUGGAUCUUCUCCGAGAGAACAAGGUUCACGAGAUCAGUCCCAUCACUACAUACCCGGUCUCCCAAAUUGAGGAUGCCUUCCGAGUCAUGCAAGCUGGUAAGCAUCUAGGCAAACUCAUCAUCACAGCGGGCGCAGACGAUCUUGUCAAGGUUCUUCCCAAGAGUGAAGAGACUCUUCAAUUGCCCGCUGACGCCUCAUACCUUCUCGUGGGUGGUCUUGGAGGUUUGGGUCGAGCCACCUCUGCUUGGCUUGCUGAGCAUGGUGCCAAGAACCUUAUCUUCGUCUCGCGAUCGGGAACUUCCAAGCCUGAAGCAGCCGCACUAGUUGAAAGCCUUGAGAAGAAUGCCGUCAAUGUCGCUGUUCUUCAGUGCGAUGUGUCAGACUAUGAGAAGCUCUCUGCUAGUGUUCACGAUGCUCUCAAGACGAUGCCUCCAAUUCGAGGUCUCAUCCAUGGUGGAAUGGUUCUCAACGACUCCAUCUUCGAAGCCAUGUCCUAUGCUCAAUACCAAGAUGCAAUCCGUCCCAAGGUCACUGGAACCAUCAACCUCCACAACCUCACCAAGCAUAUGCCCCUCGACUUUUUCAUCAUGCUCUCCUCAGCCGCUGGUGUCGUCGGUAACUCGAGUCAAGCCAACUACGCAGCCGGCGGUGCAUUCCAAGAUGCCUUUGCUCACUUCCGCACCGAACAAGGUCUUCCAGCUGUGACUCUAGAUCUCGGUGGCAUUGACGACGUUGGCUUCGUCGCUGAGAAUGCAGACUACGUCGUCAACCUUGAGAGAUGGGGUUACUUGACCAUUUCUCAGGCCGAGUUCUUCUCCAUGAUCAAGCAGGCUAUUCUUCAGCCCCAGCGCUCUGCCACGAACUGUCAAGUCGUUACUGGCCUUGGUACUCAGGGCAUGGCUGAAGAAGGUAGCGACGCAAGUCCCGAUGAACUACCAUUCUGGUUCCGCGAUGCCAAGUUCUCUCAUCUUCUCCAAAUGGGCAGAAAGCAAGUCCACGACACAGACUCAGAGAAUGGCCUACGCCUCACCGAGUCAAUUCCUGCAGCCGAGUCUCUCGCUGAAGCUACUAAUCUCAUCUGCGACGCCAUAAUUGAGAAGAUGGCCAAGAUGCUGGGCAUACCUGCUGAAGGCAUUGACGCAUCUCAGUCUAUGGCUGCUUAUGGACUGGACUCGCUUGUGGCGGUUGAGUUGAGGAAUUGGCUGUUUAGAGAAGCCAAGGCGGAUGUAGCAGUGUUUGAAGUCCUUGGUAAGGGCUCGCUGAAUGCACUGGCGGGUGAUAUUGCGCUCAAGAGUAAGAUUCUUCCUGCUGCACUGCGCAAGGAGGCACAGGAUGGCGAUGCUUGAUUAGGGUCUUGUGAUAGUUACUUGGGUAAUUGACUGGCGUUAUCGGUGUUGGCUUGUUGUUGUAUCUAUAGAUUCAGUUAACAAUUCAUCAUAAUGGAGUUUCCAUAGUAUCUUUGA